AUGACAACUUUGAUAUUGGCGACGGACAUGGCCAGACACGGUGAAAUUCUCGACACACUGAAGCGUUAUAUAGAAGAAGGAUUUGUUUUGGACAAAAAAGAACAUCGUGAACAGCUCAAGCUAGUGCUGAUCAAAUGUUGUGAUAUUUCGAACGAAGUACGCCCGAUGAAUGUCAGCGAACCAUGGGUCGACUGCUUGCUAGAAGAGUACUUCACACAGUCGGACAGGGAAAAGGAAGAGGGUCUCCCAGUUGCCCCAUUCAUGGAUCGUGAAAAGGUCACCAAAUCUUCCGCUCAGACCGGAUUUCUCAAAUUCGUUCUUAUCCCCAUGUUCCAGACGGUUGCCAAAAUAUUCCCCAUCAUUGACGAGAUUAUGGUUACUCAAUUGAAAGUUGCUUUGGAACGUUACGAGGAACUUCAGGCUGAGGAAGAGGGCGAACGAAAAAAGUCAAGUGCGAUCAUUGACGAAGCUGACUAA